AUGUCGCUCUUCGACGACGACUCCUGUUCUCUCGACGACUCCGUCGCCUCUUCUUGCCUCCAGCCUGGCAUCCCAGCCGACUUCUCUUCGUCCUCCGCGUCUUCAGACCCUCGCUGCUCCCCUUCCCGCGACUCCGUAUGUCGCCGGAACAGUGAAUCUCCUACUUCUUUCUCUUCCUCUGUCGGGUCUUCUAGCGACCCUACGGGGAAACCGAUGGACGGAUUCGAUCCUGGACCCGUCUCCAACGGGUGUACCUACAGUUUAGACGAGAGACACAUGAUCUGGCGAAAGAAUGCUGCACUUCACUAUGCAGCAGUUCUCAGUCACAAAGUUGAAUGGCCUUCUAUGACGGUCGAGUUUCUGACGCCUCCGUCUUCGUCAGCGACGACUGGGCGCAGCGGCUCGGCUGCCGCUCUGCUGUCUCUGGGCUGCGACGCCUACGUUUCCCAUCGUCUGCUUCUCGGCACGUGCACGAAUGGCGAAGAGAAGAAUUACCUGACUAUUGCCGAGCUUCGGUGGCCGGUGCCUUGUCUCGAGGAAGAUCCUCUCAAGUGUGAAACGUAUUCAGGUUUCAUUCCGCCCCGCGCACGCGCCAAGUCUCUCCUGACCAACGCGGGCCUCUCGGGAGGCGCAGCGAAUGCGUCCAUGACGGCGGCCAGUGCUUCCCUAGCCAGUCAGCUCGUGCCUUCGUUGGAGACAAAGGCGAGGAUUCUUCACCCCGGAGAUUUAAUUCGAGCCACGCACAUGCCUCAGAAUGCGUUCAAUAUUGUCACCAUCAACGAGGACGGUGUCGGCAUGUACUGGAACUUCUCCAGGCACCCUUCCUUUCCGGCUGCCGACCAAGUGGUGGCAAAGCCGCAGUUUCUCCUUGCGCCGCCGCCGUCUGCCGUUGGGGCGAAGCUGCAAGCCGCCGCUUGGAUGCCUGGCAGUGAGAACGCGGGCUUCCUUUUCAGCUGUACAGACACCGGACUGGUGUGCUUGUGGGAUUUGCGGAAGAACGGCGCAAUGUUCAAGUCGAAAGACGCGAGCUCUUCGAGUCGUCUCGCACACGCAAGGAAAACCGUGUACGGCGGAAAUGUGACCAUCGCAGAGAGCACGCCGGAAAUCAGCCCCGCGACUUGCGUCGCGACCUCGUCGCCUGGUGCCGCGUUGAACGACAUCAAAGCUCAUCCGCGGUAUUCCGUGGUGGUCGCGACAGCAGGCGAGGACGGCGCCUUGCGGCUGUUUGACAUGCGACAAGCCCACAGAGAAGUCCUUUCUGCUCUCUCUGGGGGUCCGUCGAGUUCUGCCGUUCCGUCGCUUUCUGACGCUCAGGACAGCCUCGACAAAGACGCGACGCCCCCGCGACCGGCUCCUGCGUUUCCCCAAGCUGCCAAGCAGCGGAUAUAUUCUUCCCUCGCCGCUUCUGACGGCCCUCUCCCGUUGAACGCGCUCAGCUUCAACCGGCACAGCGAGAAUGUCGUGGCAGUCGGUUCCGCCCGAGGCGUCGUCUCGCUCUUUGACUUGCGACUGCCCACGCGGCCGUUCUUGUCUCUCGCUCACCACUCAGACGAGAUCACUGCGCUCCACUUUUCGCCUCUCUCGUCUGCGCUCCUCGCGUCUGCAUCGGCAGAUGGCGACGUGGUUCUCUGGGACCUGGGGGAGGGCAGCCGCGGAGGCGCCGUCUCAGCGUCGAUUCUGCGGCACGGCGAGCACCGCAAACAGGCGAGCCGCCAAGCGUGGGAAGCGCCUCUCGAGAAAGACGUGGAAAUGGACGCUGGCGCCGACGAAGGCCACGCGCGAAUGAACUCGGGCCGGGCUGGACGCCCGAGUGAGGCCGCAGAUGGCAGCAUGGACGAAGCAGAAGAUCUGGAAAACCAGAGUCAAUGCGCCAAUCGCAAACCUGUCAGUGCGUCCCUGCCGUCCUCGCCCUCUCUGUCUUCGACUCGGCGCCACCGUGUCUUUGUCCAUGCUGGCCACGCCGCUGGUGUCAGCGACUUUGCCUGGUGCAGCGAAGCCGCGUCUACCGGCGUAGGUGGAGCGGGCUGGGGAGGGCGGCGAAGCGAGCUGACGGAGAAAGGAAGGAUCGGCACACUCUUGGGGGCGAGCGUGGGGUGGGACAAUCGCGUGCAGAUCUGGCAGCCCUCGGAGCACCUGUUUGUCGACACACGCAAAGAACUGUGGUGA